UACGCACUUUCAUUAUUCCAUUCGAAAACAGUAAAACAAAUGAUCACUUAACAACGGUUAAACAUUAAUAAAUUUUAAAAAUGAUUCCUCAAAAUGAAGAAACAAAUCAAGAUGAAAGAAAAACCUCCACCAACAGCAGUCUAUUGAAACUAGGUGAAGCAAUCAAUGGAAACAAAGACAUGGGAAAAGCAGCAGAUUUUGAAGACAAAAAAUCCGGUUCGAAGGAUUUUAAUCAAACAACUUUAACUGAACAGGAGAUUUCUGCAGAAGUUUGUAAUUUAGUUGGAGAUCCUACAUACUGCCGAUUAAUAAAGGCAGCAUUGAAAAUGGAAAACCAAGAAAAUGUUCCAAAGAAAACCCGUGUAGAUCUGUCAUCUUUGCCAACAAGACAAUACCUCGAUCAAACCGUAGUGCCUAUACUGAUGAACGCCCUCUCAUACCUUGCCAAGGAAAGGCCACCAGAACCAAUUUCUGCUUUGGCUGCAUACUUAUUAAAGAAUAAAUCAACUUAUGAAACUGGACCUGAAAGUUCACCACCAGCCGAAGGUAAUAUAGAAGAAAAGGUUUGACCAGUUCUAGCGAUACUUUACCCUCACGUAAUUUAUUUAUUUGUAAUUGCCAUGUACUUUGUAAGAAAUUAAAUAUACUACUCUACAAUU